AUGGCAAACAAAAAACGAAAGAAUAAUCGUAAGGCAUCAGCGAAAACCGUGCGGCAGAUGAAUUGGAUGGAUGAUAUUCAAUUGUUACCGGAUAGUAUUGACAAAAAACUACUAGAUGAAUGCUCUGAACUGAUUCAGAAUUUUAUUGGGAAUGAAAGAUCAUCACCAUCGAAGCGUGUUAGGUCAAAAUCAAAAUCGACAAAACAUUCCAUCACGAACAACAAAAAAGUUGCUAAAAAAGGUCCACAACAGAAGUCGUACCAUCAACAAUCAAAAACAACGAAAUUAAAAAGCGCUUUACGAAAGAAAAAUCUUCCGCCAUCAUUUCAGUACAGUUCAACGGCAUUUACAAAUGCUUACCCUUACCAUACACCACCAUUUCCAUGUUAUCAUUCAUACGGUCCAAUCCAAUGUCCGAAAAAUAAAUUACCUAUGCCAAGAGAUCUCUGGUAUCGUAUUGUUUAUUCUCAACUCCUAGAACAACAAUUAAUGCCGUCUUUGAAAAGAAAACAAGAAGAAGUUGAAAACAAUAGAUCGAUUGAUGAUUCGUCAGUUUGGCAUAGUAUGCUACGAGAUUUUUGUUGUUUACAUUGUCGUUGGAAGGAAAAUUUAGAUGACAGAUCGAUCAGCAGUAGUCCACGACGACAGCAAACGAUGAAUGCAGCGUUUUCAUCACCAGCCAUAGCGACGAAAAUGCUCAUAUUAGAUGACGUACAAACUCCUAUCACAAAAGAAGAGUCGCUAUUCGUAGCACCAUCUAAAUCUCGCAAAUCUUAUCUAAUCAAUCAGCUGGAGUAUGUUCCUGAAACUUUGCCAUUGGAAAGCGAACAUGAUCCAAGCCAGUCAACUGAGAAAACUGUUCUGUCAACUCAAUCUGCAUACACCGAAUUACCCACUCAUCCAAAGAUUCUUCGUAGCUUGUCGACCUAUGCUGCAUUGGAACAGAUUCCAUCCAAUUCAAAUCCUUCUGCGCCCUCCAUCAUUUUGCACGAUCAACCAACUAUUGAAGAAUCACUUCUAACGACGGCAUCACACCCAUCUCAAGACCUACCAAAGAUUGUAUCGAUUGGGGACGUUGUGGAGCCUCCUUCCAUUAUAUUCGAUCAUCCCAUAUACAAUCAACUGGUUGGAUAUUAUCAACUUCAAGACGUUCUUCAAGUUGAAUUAUUCAAACGACUGAAUCGUCGAUUGAUACACAUACGUCAAACAUUGAAGAACAUGUCAUCCAACGAUAUCGAAAUAAAACUAAAAUACAAGCGUGAUGCAUUAGCCAGAAAAAGACAAAUUCCAGUGGAGUCCUUGACCAAGGAUGAACGACUGGCUAUGGCCGAACUUCAACCAUCCGCCAUUACUCAAUCUGUAGCUCUCAUUUCGACGACAGCAACUCAAAUCAGUGAUAAAACAGAAACAUUUCUUUCAUGGGCGCACCCGCUUCUGUCUCACUUCAUGAACAAUCUAUUUGAACAUUCAACAUCGUUACGUAAAAUUCAAAUACACAAACAGCUGGCUCGACGAUACGAACAUAUUUGUGCGAAAGCGAAAGAGUUCAACACAAAACAAUUGCAAACACAAAUCCACGCCAAAUCGAAGGGUUCGUAUUCAAUGUUAACAAUCAAAAGACAGAUAUCAUAUGCAAUGAUUUCAGCUUUAAUACAACAAAAAACUAUUGCGAAACCGACUGAAGAUCAAUGUCUACGAAUGGCCGAAUUGAAAUUAUGUCUGUUCGAGCUUGCACGAGAACAAUCCGAGCGAAAUCAAUUAAACUUGGAAUAA